AUGUCAUACUCUGCAUCCGUGACGUCUGGUACAUCGUCCUCUGCAUCCAUGGCGUCAGGUGCAUCGUCGAUGUCGGCUAGUUCAGCGUCGUCGGCAUCCCGCUCACUGUCUUCUGCGACCUCCGCGAGCGACCGUUCGUCCACUCUGGGACCCACAUUCACGCUGCGCACGUCUCUCUUCCGAACCGACGCAAGCUCUCGCUCUUCGGACUAUCUGUCCAGCGCAACCUCUGGGAGCGCGUCAUCGGCGUCCUCAUACAGCUCUGAUCCGCAUACGACAGCGGACUUGUCCACCUCUGAUCCGCCGUCCUCUUCGCCCUCGCCAACAUACUCUUUCUCCUCCUCCUAUCCCCAACUCCAGCCGUCAUCCCCCUCGGCCACCGCUACGUAUUCCUUCCCCGCAUACUCAACAUUCACCUCGUCCCCUUCGCCAACGUCGACCUCGUUCACGUCUCCAUCACCUGUGCUCGCGCCCUGGACUAGUUCGAGCACCCAGGUAGCAACGCACUCGAGUGUAUCCCUGAGCUUGAGCACGGUGCUCAUAACCACGGUCGUCACCUCCACCUUCACGUCCGACGGCUGGGUCGGCACCACGCAGUACACCACGACCGAGGUCACCGGCACUCUGAUCCCCGAGCAGCGCGAAGCCCACGGUAACAUCUUCGAGCACUCCCCUGGUGCGCUUGCCGGCCUUGUCGUCGGCGUCAUCGCCUUCGUUGCGCUGCUUCUCGCGUGGGGUCUCCUCGCAUACCGCCGCCACCGUGCGCAGCACCUCGCCGCCGAGGCCACCGCUGCUGCCCUUGCCAACAACACCUCGCGCCGCUCGGGGCCCAUGCUCGCGGAUGAAGAUGACGACGAUGCACCUCCGCCCAUAUCGCCCGUCUCCGCAACUAAUCCGUUCGAGCCCAGCACUAACCCGUACGAGUCCGCCGCGACACGGAGUGCGAAUCCAUUCGACGACAGCGCUGGCAUGGUGCACGUCGGCGCGCCGGCCUCGCUCAUGGCCGGUAUCGGGGCGGGGGCGGGCGCAGGUGCGGCAGCGGGUGCACCUUACACAUACAAUAGGCUCCGUGGAGGAAGCUCCGGUGACGUGCUCGCUGCCCCCGACGGCCCCGGGUCCAUGCGUCCGCGCAGCACCACCGAGCUCGCGGACCUCGCGCUCGGGCGCGCCUCGCACGCGGGCACCGGCUCCAACAGCGGCUCGCGCGGCAACUCGGGCGCGUUCACCGAUUCUGCAUUCGGCUCGCGCCUCUCGACCACCUUCCAGUCUGGCGGGGGGUCGGCGGAGGGUGGCAACGGCGGGGGGACGCCGACGGAAGAGGAGGCAGGCAUGACGGGCAGCGGCGAGGGCGAGGGCGACGCGCUCAUUGCGCGCGCGUCGGACAGCGAUUUCUUCCCGCCCAUCCCGAUCGUGGAUACUGGCGUGGGCCCGACGCCCCCGCGCCCCGCGCGCUCGCCUGCGCGUUCGCGGCGCUCGUCGUCUGGUCUCGAGCCAGCUGCGUGGCUGAGCAGGCGGGGUCCCGGUGAGGGUGUGUACGCCACGGUGCCGAUGUCCGCGUCGUCGUCUGUCGGACAUGACGUCAAUCUCGGCGGCAGCCCCGCACUCGGCGGUGCUGCGCGCUUGGACAGCGGAGACCCCUUCCGCGAUCCGCCGGACGACGCCGGACGCACGGCCUGGGACGGGCUCGUGAAUCCUGGUAACGGCUGCAGCAGCGGGUCGGGCAGCGAGGAGCUUAACCACGCGACGGCUGCUGGUGCAGGUGGAGGCGUGGCUGGUGUGGGAAUCUCGUCGGGGUCUUCGCAUGGGCACGGUGGAUACAUCUCUGGUGGGUCGACUCAUACUCAUGGACACAGUGGGUCGCUGCAGGGCCAUGGCUCUGCGCACGGACACGAGUACGCGUCUGGCGGCUCGGCAUACGGACACGGUGCUGGAUCGAGCGAGAACGGACACACGUACGCGGCGACUGCACCCGUGCACGAAGGACGGCGCUCGCCAGGUCCCUCGAGCUUGCUGCCAACACAAUCAGCCGUACCACCGCCGACCGCAUACCGUGCCCCUCGCGCGGAUGACGACGACGACGAAUACGACGAGGACGGCGAAAGUACAUGGGGGCGGAAGAAGACCAGCAGAAGAAAGAGCUUCCUGGGCAUCGGAGGGGGCAUGCGCCGCCCGCUGCCGUGGAAACGCGCGAGCGGACGCACGAGCGGCAGCAGCGCCACGUCAAAUACGGAGGGCACGAGGAGCUCGUACGCGCGCGGGACGACGAGCGGCAGCGCGAGCGACUCGCCGGCCAUGAACAAGCGAGUGAGCCCCGUCACGUCGUUCUACACCCCGCGCGCGAUGGGCGUGGACCCGCUUGUCGCCAUGCCUGCCGGGAUCACCGCCGCGCCGUCGAUGGUUGCGUCUAUGCCGCGCCACGGCUUCGCGCGCCCGCACUCGCCCACGCUCCCGCCGGGCUCCCUCCGGCAGCCCCCUCUGGCCUUCCUCGCGCGACCGUACGCCAACGCGGACAACAGCGACUCGUCGCCGUCUGCCGAGGGCCAGGCAGGGUAUGGGUAUGGGUAUGAUGGCGGGUAUGGCCACGGCUAUGGUGUGCCGCUCCCCGCAUGGCGCGUCGUGGCGGACCAUAUGCCGUCGCCGGCGCCGACGGAGGGCUCGAGCCAUAAUGCGCCCGAGGGGCUGCUCGACCCGCGGCUCGGCCAGCUGGGCACGGUAGCCAUGCGUAGUCAGGGCGCGAUCAGCUUUAGGGACGAGGUGGAUUAUUCGCGGCCUAUUGGUGGGCUCGUGAACAACCGACAGCACAGUCAGACGACGUUCCGCACCGUCGAGACGCACGAUGAUGAUGACGAAGAUGAUGAUGAUGAUGAGGGUGGGGAAGAGGACGAGGAUGCCGACAUCGAGAACAAUGACGGCGAUGCCGACCAUGAGUCGGUGGAUCCGGACGACUCGGUCGUUUGA